AUGGAUGGGAAGACUUUUUCAAUUGGGCAACAAGCAUCCGAUUUAAUCUUUCGCGGCCGCAAACUGGUUUUGAACUAUACGGAUGGUUCUCCAUGUCCGACAACACCGGAUCAAAAUCAUCAUAAGCGGAAACUAUUGUCCAGAGAAGCCAGAGAGCAUGACCAGGAUGACGAUGACGACAAGGACCAUGAAGAUGACGAUGACGAGGGUAAGGAUAAGAAACCAGAUACGAAAAACUUGAGAAGGAAAUCGACUUUAAUAUCCUUCCUUUGUGAUCGUGACCUCGUCAACCCGGCCGCGGCCGUAUCCUUUGUCGGCUCGCCAGACUCGUGCACCUACGUUUUUGAAGUUAGAAGCGCUGCAGCUUGUGGAGGCGUAGCCGCGAGCACGGACGGCGGGGUUGGCCCCGCUGGAGUUUUCGGUAUCAUUGUGGGAAUCGCUAUUGCUGCAUAUAUGAUUGGUGGCUGUGCAUACCAACGGACGGUCAUGCACCAGAGAGGAUGGAGGCAAUGCCCGAAUUUUGCGAUGUGGAAUAACAUGCUUGGAUUUAUAAAGGGUAUUAUCCAACUACGACUCAGCUGGCAGCCGGUCUACACUUAG